UGCUGCCCUGGGCGGCGCUGCUGCUCCUGGCGGCGCUGGUGCCAGUGGUCUCCGCGGCGGGAGCUCCAGCUGACCACCCACUGAAGCCAAGGCACGUGAAACUGCUGUCCACUAAGAUGGGCCUGAAAGUCACGUGGGACCCACCCAAAGAUGCCACCAGUAGGCCCGUGGAGCAUUACAACAUUGCCUACGGGAAGUCACUGAAAAGCCUUAAGUACAUCAAGGUGAACGCGGAGACGCAGUCCUUCCUUAUUGAGGAUGUGGAGCCGGGGGUAGUGUACUUUGUGCUGGUUACUGCAGAAAACCACAGUGGAGUGAGCCGGCCCGUGUACAGAGCGGAAAGCCUGCCUGGAGGUGAAUGGAUCCAGAUUGAUGGUUCCCCCAUUAAGGGUCCAGGACCAUUUAAUGAAACCGUCACAGAAAAGGAAGUGCCAAACAAGCCCUUGCGUGUCCGAGUCCGAUCCUCAGACAACCGGCUGUCCGUUGCGUGGAAGGCGCCACGCCUGUCUGGAGCCAAGAGUCCACGCAGAUCCCGGGGUUUCCUUUUGGGCUACGGGGAAAGUGGCCGGAAGAUGAAUUACGUUCCACUGACACGAGAUGAGCGAACGCAUGAGAUCAAAAAGCUGGCCUCCGAGUCGGUGUACGUGGUCUCCCUGCAGUCCCUGAACUCGCGGGGCCAGAGCCAGCCGGUCUACAGGGCCGCCCUAACGAAACGGAAGAUUUCAGAGGAGGAGGAGCUGGACGUCCCUGAGGACAUCAGUGUCCGGGUGAUGUCAUCCCAGUCUGUGCUUGUAGCCUGGGUGGACCCUGUCGUGGAGAAGCAGAAGAAAGUUGUUGCGUCCAGGCAGUACACGGUGCGCUACCGAGAGAAGGGGGAACUGGCCCGCUGGGAUUACCGGCAGGGCUCCAACCGGCGCGUGCUGAUCGAGGGCCUGCUCCCCGACACCAUGUAUGAAUUCGCAGUCCGCAUCUCACAGGGGGACAGAGACGGCAAGUGGAGUACCUCCGUCUUCCAGAGGACCCCGGAAUCCGCUCCUACGACGGCUCCGGAGAACUUAAAAGUCUGGCCAGUCAAUGGCAAAACCACAGCUGUCACUGUAGCUUGGGACGCGCUGCCUGAGACUGAGGGCAAAGUGAAAGAGUACAUUCUCUCCUACGCCCCCGCGCUCAAGCCCUUCGGAGCAAAGUCCCUCACCUUCCCCGGAGAGACCACCUCUGCCCUCGUGGACGGCCUGCAGCCUGGGGAGCGCUAUCUGUUCAAAAUCCGGGCGGCCAACAGGAGAGGAUCGGGGCCUCACUCCAAAGCCUUCAUCGUCGCUAUGCCAACAAGCAGGACCAGUGAGCCGGAUGCCCGGCAGAAAACAGGCGCGAUGGAGAACUGGAAGCAAGAAACCGCGCAGCCUGCCUCGCCUCCCAGGGCCGCAGCUCCCUCGAAGCACGCCCACCUGCCCGUUUCUCCCCAAGGCAGACAUGCCAAGCACCCUCCUGACUUGAAGAACAAAAUACCGGCCAACGGUGGGGUGCCCAGGAAACCCCAGGCGGCAGAGCUCACGGACGCGGAGGAACUGGACCCCCAAGGGGAUCCCCCGACCUCGCCCUCUGAGACCCAGGACCAGCAGCGCCAGCCCAGGCCGCCGGGCAGACCCGUCCACCCCGGCCUUGCUGGACGGACUCCAGGGAGAGUCCGAGCGCCAGUGCUGCCCCGACAGGAAGGCGUGGACAAGCCCGGCUCCUCGCCGCCCUCCCACCCGCGAGGGGCAUCCCCGUGGGUCCCUCACACGCCCACCGCGGGCAGCUCUCGACGCCCGGCCCACCUGCCGUCCAGCUCUGUGGACAACGACUCGCUGGACGGAGAGGAGGCAGAGCCGGCCACAGGCUCCCUGGACCCCAAAGACGCCUCCUCCGAGCGCCUGCGGCCCGAGAGCGCGCCCGCCCGGCCAGCCCUGGGGCCCGGCCGCCACCCCGCCUCCAGCGCGCGCCCCCGCGGCCCCGCGCUCCAGGGCGCCAGGCCGGCCCUGCCCGCGCGGAGGGCGCCCCACUCGGAGGCCGCACCCCACGGGGGCGCAUCCCGGCUGCUGCCCACCGAGCCCCAGCCCGGGCCCCCGCUCCCCCGGGGCGGGAAGGACGGCCACGACGCCCUCGCCGCCAGGUCCCACGCGCCCUCGCGCCCCACCACGUCCUCACCGGUCUCCUCGCGUGUCGCUCCCAGGCCCCAGGCCCCGCGGACGGUGGAUGGCGACAGUGACGCGGCCGAUGCGGUCCCGGGCCAUGUCAGUCCGCACAGAAACAAGCCCUUUGCCGCCCACAGCAGGUACCCAAAUCGGCCUGGCUACAGACCCCCCUCCUCCGUCCCAGGGGCAGCAAAUACGCAGAUAGGAGCACGCGUGGAGACGGACUCUGCCAGCGCGCCUGCUGCCCCCCGAGGUGGCUCCCCCCGGGAGGAGAGCCCCACUCCCCCGCAGCGGCCUCCUCCUGCAGGCAGCGCCCCCAGAGCCUCACACCUCCCGCCCAGACACCCCCCUCGCAGCCCCAGCACGGCCAGCGCCCCGGUGGGCACGCCGGUGCGGCCCCGGUACACGACGCGCGCCCCUCCGGCCUACGCCUCCACGACGCCCAUGCUGUCGCUGCGGCAGCGCAUGAUGCACUCGCGGUUCCGGAACCCCUUGUCCCGCGCGCCGGCCCGGCCCUCUUACAGACAAGGUUAUAAUGGCAGGCCGAGUGUAGAGGGGCGAGGACUGCCCGGCACUAAUGGGAAACCGAGCGGACAAAGAAUUAUCAAUGGCCCUCAAGGAACAAAGUGGGUGGUGGAUCUUGAUCGUGGGUUAGUAUUGAAUGCAGAAGGAAGGUACCUCCAAGAUUCACAUGGCAAUCCUCUUCGGGUUAAACUAGGAGGAGACGGUCGAACCAUUGUGGAUCUGAGAGGGACCCCCGUGGUGAGCCCUGAUGGGCUCCCCCUCUUCGGGCAGGGGCGACAUGGCAAACCCCUGGCCAGUGCCCAUGAUAAGCCCAUUUUGAGUCUUGGAGGGAAGCCUCUGGUGGGCUUGGAGGUCGUCAAAACAACCACCCGUGCCGCCGCCACCACCACCACCACCACCACCACCGAGAGACCCACCACUACCCCUCGGCCCACCACGGCAAACCUGCGGCCCAGGACCACCACCCGCCGCACCACCACCACCACCACCCGCCGCACCACCACCACCCGCCCAACCACCACCACCCUGCGCCCAACCACCACCAUCCGAACCACCACCCCGACAACCACCACCACCACCACCCCCGAGCCCACCACAGCUGUCCCCACCUGUCCCCCCGGGACCCUGGAGCGGCAUGACGAAGACGGCAACCUGGUCACGGGCUCCAGUGGGGCCCCGGAGUGCAUCCCUGAAGAAGAUGAUUUCUCAGGAUUGGAGACGGACACAGCCACAUCCACGGAAGAGGCCUACGUUGUCUAUGAUGCAGAUUAUGAACUUGAGACCUCGAGGCCGCCGGCCUCCACCAGGCCCUCCACCAUGGCCGCCACGCCCGCCGUUAUCCCGGCAGAAGGCACCAUUAGCUCCUUCCCCGAGGAAGAGUUCGACCUGGCUGGGAAGAAGCGAUUUGUCGCUCCUUAUGUGACGUAUCUAAGUAAAGACCUAUCCGCCCCUUGCUCUCUGACCGAUGCUCUGGAUCACUUCCAAGUGGAGAGCCUGGAUGAAAUCAUUCCGACUGACAUGAGGAAGAAUGACCUGCCUCCGCAGCACGCGCCCCGCAAUAUCACCAUUGUUGCUAUGGAAGGCUGCCACUCAUUUGUCAUUGUGGACUGGGACAAAGCCACCCCGGGAGAUGUGGUAACAGGCUACUUGGUUUACAGCGCAUCCUAUGAAGACUUCAUCAGGAACAAGUGGUCCACCCAGGCUUCGACGGUCACUCAUUUGCCCAUUGAGAACCUGAAGCCAAACACAAGGUUUAAAGUUCAAGCCAAGAACCCUCAGGGCUAUGGACCCAUCAGCCCGUCGGUCUCAUUUGUCACGGAGUCAGACAACCCUCUGCUUGUUGUGAGGCCACCAGGCGGCGAGCCCAUCUGGAUCCCAUUUGCUUUCAAACACAACCCUGACUACACGGACUGCCACGGCCGGCAGUAUGUGAAGCGGACGUGGUACAGAAAGUUUGUGGGCGUCAUUCUCUGUAACUCACUGCGGUACAAGAUCUACCUCAGUGACAACCUGAAAGACACAUUCUACAGCAUCGGAGACAGCUGGGGAAGAGGCGAAGACCAUUGCCAAUUUGUGGAUUCACACCUGGAUGGGAGAACGGGGCCUCACUCCUACAUAGAGGCCCUCCCCAGCAUUCAAGGCUACUACCGCCAGUAUCGCCAGGAGCCCGUCCGCUUUGGCAACAUUGGCUUUGGGACCCCCUAUUACUACGUGGGCUGGUAUGAGUGUGGCGUCUCCAUCCCAGGGAAGUGGUAACCACGGGACGAGCGUGCGGAAAGCUCGCCCUGCCCGGCCCCCUGGACUAACUCGCACUGAGGGCUGAGCAGGAAAAGGAAGACGGCGCCUGUCCCAAGCCCCUCUGCCCCGUGUCAGCAAGGCCACAGGUGGACACUGGAUAUUUGGGGCAUCUUCAGUCUGGACUCAGCCCCACUUCCUGGCCUGGACCACACACGGGAUUCAAUGUUGCUGUUAAGUUUGCUUCUCCACACGUUUUGCUUAUAAUAGCACAUCCCAGAGACAACCAAAGCACACAGCUACCCGGGGUGCCCACUGAUUCAGGGUGAUUUUCACACUUCUUAGGCACAAUAUCCAGACCAUCGGUAUCUCCAGAGAACAGCAGAAGCUGGCUUCAUGGGAUGCUACGCGCUCUCUUUUUUCACCGGACUCCUCCCAAACUAGCUGACGUUAUGCUCCUGGCCUCUUUCUCUGCAGGAGAACUGAAUUACUCAAAUCAUCACCCAAGGAAAUAUAUCCUGCUUAAGAUUUAUCCCAUGGACUCACCACUGCUAGACCAAAUGUAUCAAAUCUUGGUAAAUCUCAUUUUGAUAUAUAUAUGUAUAUUUGCAUAUACAUAUCCACACUUGUCUGCAAGAACGUUGAUUAAAAUGGCUAAAUUUGUACCUGUUUACUAGAGAAACGUGUGUGGGACUUUUGGGAGCAAAGGUGCUGUUUACGAACAUCUUAUUGAGUGUCCAGAGCAUGCGCACUCAGCAGUGGAGAGCCACGCCUCCGUCCUGUGAGUGCUGCUGAGCUGUGGGUGGCGGGGAUACUGCCGCACGGGUGGCAAACUCAUUGCAGACUGAGAGCCUUCGAUCUCCCACACCCGUGUGCAAACUCGCGGCUGUCUCCGUGGGGACAGACCUAGCAUGUUUGCAGAUUAAGAGUUUAGGUCCCGAAUGAUUCGAAAAUCCAGUCUUAAAGAAACUCCUUUCCCUCUCCUGCCCGUCUCAGUGUCUGCUUCUUGAAAUAAAGCACCUUACCCCUCUUCGCCACA